GCGGCAUGACGUCACGCACCCGCGGUAGCGCGGCCGCUUUUUCACCUCACACCGCCGAAGGGUAAAUGUUGAAGCUUUGGGCGCGCAAAACUAGAGAAGACCGUGACCCGUCAUAGAAGAGCUGGCAGGAGGCAUUUGUGUUCUCUGGCUCGCAUGCAGUUUCUUCUCGGCUUUUAUCUACUUGUGAAUAGACGCUGCGUCACAGGACAGCAAACUUCUCAAAUGCACCAUGAAUCUCUGAGGGGAGACUAAACCCAGCCUGCAUCCAGCUGCACUCGACACUGUUUCCUUCUGACAAACCUCUUAUGUUAGAUCAAUAUGACCAAAGAAGAGAUAUACAAUGAAGAAUAUGGUUAUGAUAGGAUGGCUACUUUAGAACUUGGAAUGCAAGAAGGUAGAAAGUAUCAUUCAGAUCUCCAAUCGUCAGAAGGGGUACACCCAUGUGUAAAGUAUAAGACCUGGAUGUUUUCACUCUUGAUUGGGAGUUGUCUUCUUGCUACAUCAGGAUUUUCACUUUACCUAGGAAACAUAUUCUCUUCAGAAAUGGACUACUUGAGAUGUGCUGCAGGGUCUUGCCUACCUUCUGCUGUUGUAAAUUUUGCAGUGCUGAAGAACAAAGACAAUGUUCUCUCGCAUUAUCAGAUUUUAUUUGUGUCCACAUUUUCAAUCACUACCACCUGUCUGAUAUGGUUUGGAUGUAAACUUGCCAUUAAUCCAACGGCAAUAAAUAUAAAUUUCAAUUUGAUUCUGCUGAUUCUCAUGGAAAUUUUUAUGGCAACAACAGUAAUAGUUUCUGCAAGAUCAAGUGUAGACUGUUGCCCAGAAAAAAGAGGCAUCACCUGUGGAAGUUCAAGCAAUUUACAUAAUGUCCAGUUCCCUUCCCGAACAAUUAAGACCUACUCUAUUGUUGAAGUAGUUGUUGGGAUUUCUGCUGUAUUUGGAGGUGUUAUUGCAUUACACAUUGAUGCUCUAACGUCUGGUCCUUAUUUAUAUGUUUCCAUUUUUUGGGUGCUAGCAGCUUGUUUUCCUAGUGCUAUUACCAGUCAUGUUGCAGCAGAGUAUCCAAGCAAAUGUUUGGUUGAAGUUGUGAUUGCCACUACCAGUGUUACAUCGCCAGUAUUAUUUUCUACAUCUGCCUAUCUAUCUGUCAAUAUUGUGAGAACAAUACAUUUUUUUAAAACGUACCCACCUGCUGUUAAUCAUUUUCAUGAGGUUUUGCUCUUACUCCUCAUGCUGAUCCUACUGAUACAGGCUGUGCUCACGAAUGUCACCAUCAUUCAGUGUGUACAUUACAAAUCGCAAAUGAGAUUGCAGGAUUCAUUGUGGAAUGUGUCACACUUGAACAAGUCUGAUUACAGGAGUAAUGAAGACAGCAGAGACAUACAAGGCUGAUAAUCCAGGAGAUUUGAGUGGCUACUUAAAUGAUUUCCAGAAAUUCACUGAGAAACUUUGACAAAGAAAAGGCAUGGAAAGCAGUUAUGGUACAGAUGAGCCAGUAGCCCUGUUUUUGCUCCAGAUUCUGUGCAGUUACUAGUUAGUAUUUCACUGAUCGUAUUUCUAGCUGACAAGUAUUUUUGUACAAUGAGGCCUAGUGACUCCUUGAACUAGCUCUACAGAGCCCAUUAUGACUGCACAUUAGUGUGACUGUAUAGUUUUUCUAUUGUCUUAGAAACAUCUAGUUCUGGUUUGUAAUUCUGUAGUCAAAUACAUUUCAGCCCAAGCCAAAUAACCUACAAGAAACAUCUCAAUAAAUCUUUAGCAUUUUUCCCUUAAUGUAUUUAUUGUCUUCUAUGAAUUUUAAAUGCAAUAAAUAAAUGCAUUAUAAAAUGUA